CUCAUAAUCAUAAAAAAAAGACACCUUAGAAGAGAAGAAACACAAGAGAGAGUGAGUUCAUAAGAGCUCUGAUUUUUGCACAAAACCGACGAGCAAACAAAUUAGAGUGGCUCUUUUAUCCUGGAGGCGACCGGCUGAUAGUCUAUUGUGCGCAAUAUGAAGCAUUCCCGGAAACGUAUUAAAGAUAGAGACCUAAUCCGCGACUCAGUCAAUCGGCAACCCUAAUUUUUCAUGUUCGAUUUCUAACAAUUUUUCUCAUAAUUUUUUUUUAAUGUGAAUCACUAAACUUUUAUAGUUCAAUGUCUAAUUGGAUUCUCAAAACAAAUCCUUUUCUUUGGAUUGCGAUGUUGUUCAAUGGUUGACUUGAAGCACAUGCAUUUUAUAUAUACUUGAACAAGUAUGUAACAAAUUAACAAUUCUUUUCUCCGCUAUCCUCGUAUUAACAAUUUAUUUAACUCCUCAACAAAAAUCUUUUCCAUUUUUAUUUUAUCCGAAAUUUAAAUUUUUAUUAUUAUCCAUGAUUCCGUCGCAUUAUUAGUGGCGAAACAAAAAAUAUGAAUAAGGGGGGUACUUCUUACUUGAACCGUGAUAAUUGAGACCCCUCAUACGGGCCGAGCUUUGGCGACAAUGACAACCUCCACUCCAUCUUUGCACAGACCAAACAAAAGUUCGGUUGAAUUGGGCCUGGAUGAUGUGGGGGUACGGAAGGCUCAAUGGCGUCUUAACGAUCCAUAUCCGUCUGUUCUCCCGCAACAGCUAACGGACCCUAGGCCCAACCCAACAAAUUAUGCCAUAAACAAAUAAAGGAAAAUCACCGCAGCUAGCCCAUCACCCACCACCACCGACCACCGUGUCCUCCCUCCCUGUUCAAUCAUUGCCGGCGGUGGCGGUGUUCAUUGACUUGCAGAAGUCUGACAGAACAAUCAAUAAAACAAAUAACAAAAAGGGGAAAGGAACGAGAAAAAGGAAACUCAGUAGUGACCCACCCUCAUCUCAUCUCAUCUCAUCUGGACAAGAACGGGAGUCCGCAGUCUCUAUUGAAUAGCAUUAUUAUAACAAUAAAAUUUGCACAAGUAUCCACCAAUCAACACCCACUUCUUCCACUUGCGGAAUCGAAUCCUCUGCUCAUUCGUGGUAUUUGAAAUUCAAUGUAUUCAGAAGUCCCGGUCGUCAAUCCUUCGAUAUAUAUAGUAAUAAUGGUUGUCGGGUCCCAUAGUUUCAAACUGGUUCGUUACCAUAACAGUAGUCGUUACUGCAUUACUCUCUUUGUGGCCAUCGACACGACUAUCUACCUAAUUGAAUUACUCCUAUGAAUUUAUCGAAUACCAUAGGUAGGGCUGGCUAUUUGGUCUCGGACUGUUUGGUUUUACCCGAAACCGGACAGUAUAACCCGGACCGGGAUCGGACUGGGACCGGAUAGCAAACAAUGCAAUCUCAUAUUCGGGUUUAGAUUUGAGGUAAAAAACAAGAUAAAGACCGGAUAAGAGACCCCCAACACCUAAAAUCAAGAUAAAAUUGGGACCGGACCGGGUCAAGACCGGACCGGAUCAAGACCAGACUGCAUCCAAUCCAAUCUUUGGUCUUUAUAUUCCCGAAAAGACCGGACUGGGACCGGAUCAAUUUGGUCCAAUUUAACCGGACCGGACCGUAUAACCACCCCUAACCAUAGGGAUCGAGAUUUUCCGAUUUUCCUAAGCCACGCUGAAAAGUCAGAUAAAUGGGAACCCACCUGCCAAUUUGCUACAUGAAUAUGACUAGUGUGGGCCCCGGCCAGUUGGCCGAAGGAAGGUGAGGUAUGGAAUUUGAUAAUGUAAUGAGAUGUAUAGCUUAUUGUUGUAUAGUUUUUUUUUUUUGGGAAACACGUGAUAAAAAUAGUGAAUUUUAGUAGGAAAGAGACAUGAAUGAUGCAACAAAUCAAAAAUCGGCCUUAUGAACCAAAAUCAAGUACCUGUUACCUUGUAAAACAAUAUUGUUUUUGGUAAUGUGAUGAGGUGGAGUAAGUUAGAUGGAAACCGAAUUCCAGAAAAUCGAAUAAAAAAUCGCCUAUCCCGUCGGUUUUCGGGAAAUGAGUAUCUCACAAUCGUUGCUAGCUUUUACUCGGCCCGUUGGCCGAUUAAUUUGCUUUAUAAAACUUUCAUCUUGUCGUCAUUGUGUUUUCUGAUUUUUGUCAGGCCAUGAUAAAAUAUAAGGAAUCAAGAACGAACAACACGAUUUGGGAUAUGAACCGUCGUUGUCGUAUCCCUAGAAAAUGGUUGUAAACACGGACUCACCUGCCAAACUGGUUUGGAUUGAGAUUUUUAUCGGGUAUCAGGGAACCAUGUGAUUAUAAAUUAGACUUGAUCAAAACGGGCCAAAACUUGAAAUUCAGCUUGUUUGACCGGCCCAUGCCAAAUUCUAAAUAUUCUUUACUUUUAAAAUUUCUAUUUGAAAAUUAAAAAAAAAAGUGAAAGAAAAUAGAUGAUUGCAAUUCGCCAUUUGCACAUCACUUAUUCGGGAAUAAAACUAUAGAAAUUCAAAAGGAACUGAAAAUGUUUAGGAUCAUUUUAGUGUUUAAAAUAACCAAAUAGAUCUUUCGGUUUAGUUUUUUACUAACAAAUAUCAAACGAUUCCCUAUAAAAUACACUAUAAUGUGAUCAUUAUGAUAUCAAAUAAUUAUAUAAUAUAUAUUUGAAAUGAUAAAAAUUGGACUAAUUGGGUUGGUCGAGGUUGAACCAUUGAAUAACUUUAAAAUACAUUAUAUUUUAGCAACUAAGAUAUAAAAUAAUAACAUAAUAUAUAUUAUGCCAGAGAAAAUAGCUUGUUUUAGAAUGUCAAACCAAUGAUGUUCAUUUGUUUUAUUUGAUGGCCAAAUACCGUGUAGGUCAGGCCCAUUCAACUCUUUUAUUUUAUGGUUAGCGGUUAGCCCAUUAGAUACCAUGCAUUAGUUUAUUGUUAAAUUUUUUUUAUUUUUAGCAAUAAAAAGAAGUAUUAUUUUUUCCUUUUCAUAUAUAUUUUAUCACCACAGAGAAAUAAAAGGGCUUAAAGAAAAAAUUGACACUCUUGGACCCGUUCAAAUCCGCAUGUGUACGGUAGGUUGGCCCGUUCCAUAGAGGAAAGAGAAAAAAAAUUUGACACUCCCUAUUCUACCCUUCCUACAAACGCUCCUGGAGCAGGGAAUUCGAAAUGGGGGAAUGGUUUUUUCCUCCCAGCUAUUAUAUGUUUUUAAUUUAAAAAGAUACAACAAAUGUACUUAGUGUGAUUGGUUACGAUCUUUGCUUUUCUUUAAAAUGGUCAUGGUUCGAAUCCCAUUACAUGUCGUUUUAAUGAAUAAAAAAAGUAAUUGUGAAGACUAAAUUCUGUUAACUCGUUCAAAUUAAUAAUAAAAUACGCCAGAUAAAUUCUCAACUUGGCUUAUUAGGUAGGUUAAGGAAUGAGCUUACUAUCCCUAUGUUUGGUCCGGCUUUUAGAAGUGUUUUUCGAGUUCAAAAGCUGAAGUAGGGCCAAACACCUCUAAAAGCUCAGCUUUUGAAAAACCAAAAAGUGCUUUUAUAGAACAUAAAAGCAGAAGCUCCGAUUUGGAGCUUCUGCGAAAAGUUGUUUUGAAAAUACAAGAUUAUCCUUACCAUAUUUUAAUAAUAUUUCAGAAAAUAUAAUUUUUCAUCAUUUACAUCAUUUUAAAAAUAAAAUAAAUUAUAAAAUCAUAUUAUUUAGGGUUAAUACCACUAGAAAUACCAUACUUUAACGAAAGUGCUAUUUAUAGUACAUGCUUUCAAUAAACACAAAAAUAUUCCAACCUAUUAGGGGUUUGCGUCAUUUGUGUUACGCAAUUUUCUGUUGACCGUUAGAAUUGAUGGUUAACCUGACGGUGGCCAACAUUGUGUCCACGUAAGCGACAAGUGGAUGCCACAUUGGAAAAAAAAAAGAAUAAAAUUUUUGAAAAUAUUAUUUAUUAUUUAUUUAUUAUUAUAUUACAAAAUUAAAAUAAUUUUAAACCCCCCCCCUCCCGCGCCCCACCGUGAAUUCGCCCUCCGACGACCAAACUUUCACCGCCGUAGUUGCCACAUUCCUUCUCCAUCGAUGGUGACGACUAGCCGACUUCCUCGAAGUAGCUAUUUCCACAAUCCUCUAUCUUUUUUACAGCAUCAGGCCUCUCCUCCGAAACUCCCAAUCUCAAGCCUCCACACAGACCGCCGCCGCCGCAGCAUUACUCUGCCAUUCCUCCUCCCCAAUUGCCGCCGAAUCCGAUGAAUCCGCAGCCGAAGGAGCCGAUUGUUGUCCAGGAGAAGGAGGCGGAACAGUUGGUUUGAUUUGAUCGCAGGGGCGGAACUGAUGGUUUUGGAAACAAUGGAGCUCCUGUGCCGAAAUGAGAUCUUUCUACCUGAUUGAGGGUUUCUAGAUUCUCGAGGAUUGCAAUUGAACUGGGUAUCCUUCCUUUAAGCCUGUUGCCCGAAAGAUCCACACGGGUGAGAUUCUCGACCAAAUGCUUCGGAAUCGAGCCCGUGAGAUUCCCAUUCGUGAUGGUGAGCAGAGGGCGAGGUCGAGAUCUGAAGGGAAACGGAUAGCGGUAAUGGGGCAGUCGGCGAAAGAGAGAGACUGGAGGGUGGAGAGGGACUUGAGGGCGGUGAAGGAGAGGGAAACGUCGUCGGAACAGUUGGAGAGGUGGAGGGAGACGACGUGGCAGAAUGGGGAAGGCUGGGCGCAGGGGUCUUGGAAGUGGAAGGAGAUGGGAUGGUCUUGGGAGGAGGGACGAUGACCGGGGAAGAGGUUGGGGUGACAGCUAGAGCGACGGCGGCGGUGGGCGUGGUGGAUUUGCCGGCUGCAGAGGCAGAGCUGUGCUGGCUUUUUAGGGGGGUUGGGGAAAUUUGGAGAAGAAGAUGAUAUUAGUGGAGGGGGAAGGACUGGGAGGUGAGAAUUGUUUUUAUUUUUUAUUUUUUCAUUUCAUUAAAUAAGCCACGUCAGCGAGCUACGUAGGAUCCUAUUAAGCGCUGAUUGGGCGUUGAAAAGUCGCCAGUUAUGUUUAACGGACCAACUAACGGAGAAAACAUUUUAGUAUACAAAUGGCAUAUCGAAAACGAUGUAAUAUUAAUGGCACUUUCGCUAAAGGAUGGUAUUUCCAGUGGUAUUAGCCCUAUUAUUUAAUUUAAAAGAAAUCUAACAAGAUCCAUUUUGACUACUUUUUAUUGUUUAGAAUUUUUAUUCAUAUUUUAUAUUAUAAGUCCUUUAUAGUCAUUUUACACAACCUCUUAUAUUAAAAAGCACUUCUAAUAGUUUUACAGCCAAACACUCAACUGUUUUUUUAAGUACUUAUCUAAAAGCUCCAGCCAGAAGCUCCUUCUGCAAAAGCUACAGCAGGGCCAAACUAAGCUUAUGAUUGCGUAUUAGUGUUAGAGAAAUUACUCUAGUUUGAAUUUUCAAAAUCUUUUAUUUUUGUAGGAUUUUUUUUAAAUUUCUAGGAGUUUGAACUUUGAAGGGGAACCCCGAAAUAAUUUAUUAGUAGGAUAUUCCCAGCAUAUCGUUUUGACUUUCUAUAAUUAAUUUAGAUGAAUUGACCCGACUGAUCCGAUGGAAACUCGCUUUUAAAAUAUUUUUGUUGCGGUUGUGAUAUGGUUGUAACAUUAGAGAUACAACCACAACAAUAUGAAAAUAGACAAUAAAUUUAGUUAAUAUCUGAAAAUGAUGAAAGUUGACAAUUAGAAAGAUAAUCGUAUUUCAUUACUUCUUUAUGUCUCGUUUAAUGUUAAUUUGAGACUAAGACAAAAUAAUAAAAAAAUAAUAGGAGGAAUAGUCUCACCUAACGAGUCAAAAAAGUUUAGAGAGAAAAAUAUGAAAAUAAUAUUGCUAAUAAAGUUUUGCGGAUAAGUUUUGAAAAAAUGGAGUAGAAAAAAUGUGUACACAGUGGGUGUUUGGUCAUAGAUUCACUUGAAUGAAUUUAUCUAACAAUUGAAAGUGAUUUCACCUAAUUUAUUUUGUGUUGUCAGCUCAUGUUAUCACAAUAAUAAAUGAAAACAUAACUUAAUAUGUUUUUGGUCUCUUUUCACCUCUAAAAACAUAAAAGAAAAGGGCAAUGAUACCAAUGCUAAGUAUACAUAUCAAAAAUUGUAAAAUCGUACUAAAACUAUUAGCAGUAGAGUAUUUUGUGCUGAAUUCAUGACCAGAUCGUGAUUCAAUUGUAUCAUAACACUAUAAAUCUAAUACAAGUAA